UUUUUUACCCGUCCUACCAUUUCUCAGAUCAGGAAGGAACGGCAACGGUUCAUAGAGUCAAAUUUUCUCUCCCAGGGGAGAUUCUUAAUCAUGUCUUUGAUUGAGAUGGCUUCUGCUGGCAAAUUCCGUUACCAGAGACUCAGACCUUCAGAAACUGGGGUUGAUGGUGAAGUUAGAGAGAGAGUGGUUGUGAGGCCGAAGAAUAAAUGGUUCAGAUUCAGAAGGAUUCCUAUUAGGAGGAGGUUUAGGCUCAAAGUUCCAAGCUUGAGGAGACUGUGGAGGAAGAAAGCCAUGAUGGUGUCUGCCCUGAGAAGAUCAUGCGCUAAAGUGAUGAAGAGAUUGAAGGAAGGUCAAGUUCAUUUCGGCGAUUUAUUUGCUGGCAACUACUUGUUCAUGCAGGUCAAUCCCACAUCAUUGGCCUACCUUGAGAGGGAAAUAACCCUCUCAAAAGUAGCUUGACUCUUGUUAGUUUCUCUCCUUUUGGCAUGCUUUGGUAUGAACUCUUCGAUCAAUCAUACAUAGAAUAAGUCAAUGCAAUCAAGCUAAUGCUUUGUUUUUCUCUUUCUGUCAUCUUUUUAUAUCUUUCUCCCGAAAAAAUGUAACUUCACUUGAGAAUAUGUGGAAGAUACCUCAAAGUUUCAAAGGUCUCACAUACAUAGCAAUUGCACAAAUCUAGUAAAAGGCCGAGUUGGGUAUUUGAUAUA